UUCUGGGCUGGGAGGGCCGCGGCUCCGUGCCUCCUCACGUAGCCCUCGCGGGCCCGGCAGGUCUAGCAGCGUGGGGCGGCGGCGGCGGCGGCGGCCGGGGCUGGGAGCGCUGGCGGCCGGGGUCCCAGCCAUGGCCGAGUCUGUGGAGCGGCUGCAGCAGCGGCUGGAGGAACUGGAGCGGGAACUGGCCCGGGAGAGAAGCCUGCGGGCCCAGGGGGGCGGCGACGGAGGCGGCGGCCGGGCCCGCAUCGAGAAGAUGAGCCCCGAGGUGGUGGACUCCAACCCCUACAGCCGCCUGAUGGCACUGAAACGAAUGGGAAUUGUAAGCGACUAUGAGAAAAUUCGUACCUUUGCUGUAGCAAUAGUAGGUGUUGGUGGAGUUGGUAGUGUGACUGCUGAAAUGCUGACAAGAUGUGGCAUUGGUAAGUUGCUACUCUUUGACUAUGACAAGGUGGAACUGGCCAAUAUGAAUAGACUUUUCUUCCAACCUCAUCAAGCAGGAUUAAGUAAAGUUCAAGCAGCAGAACAUACUUUGAGGAACAUUAAUCCUGAUGUUCUUUUUGAAGUACACAACUACAAUAUAACCACAGUAGAGAACUUUCAACAUUUCAUGGAUAGAAUAAGUAAUGGUGGAUUAGAAGAGGGAAAACCUGUUGACCUAGUUCUUAGCUGUGUGGACAAUUUUGAAGCUCGAAUGACAAUAAAUACAGCUUGUAAUGAACUUGGACAAACAUGGAUGGAGUCUGGGGUCAGUGAAAAUGCAGUUUCAGGGCAUAUACAGCUCAUAAUUCCUGGAGAAUCGGCUUGUUUCGCGUGCGCUCCACCGCUGGUAGUUGCUGCAAAUAUUGAUGAAAAGACUCUGAAGCGAGAAGGUGUUUGUGCAGCCAGUCUUCCGACCACUAUGGGAGUGGUUGCUGGCAUCUUGGUACAAAAUGUGUUGAAGUUUCUGUUAAAUUUUGGUACUGUUAGUUUUUACCUUGGAUACAAUGCAAUGCAGGAUUUUUUUCCUACUAUGUCCAUGAAGCCAAAUCCUCAGUGUGAUGACAGAAAUUGCAGGAAGCAGCAGGAAGAAUAUAAGAAAAAGGUAGCAGCACUGCCCAGACAGGAAGUUGUUCAAGAAGAGGAAGAGAUAAUACAUGAAGACAACGAGUGGGGUAUCGAGUUGGUAUCUGAGGUUUCAGAAGAGGAACUGAAAAAUUCUUCAGGUCUAGUUCCUGACUUACCCGAAGGAAUUACAGUGGCAUAUACAAUUCCCAAAAAGCAAGAAGAUUCUGUACCUGAAGUAACAGUGGAAGAUUCUGGUGAAAGCUUGGAAGACCUCAUGGCGAAGAUGAAGAAUUUGUAGAGAUAAUGGACUGGCUUAUAUUUUAUUUCCUGUGUUUAAGCCUAUUCCCUUGCAAUUAAAAAAAAACAUUUUAAAACUGAUAAAACAGGGCAACAUCAAUUGAUAUAUAAUCUUCA